AUGUCCGUGUUGUUCACAUUUCAGCCAAGACCUGGAGAUGAAAUGUCAUCAGACUCCCUUGACUCUGAUUAUUACCCUGGCAGGGAGUCUAAUGAUGAAGAUUAUGAAGAGGUGAAAAGAGCAAGAAGAAAACACAUCAAAAGCAGGAAAAGAAAGAAUGUCAACAGCACAAAAUCCCCAGUUUCCAAACGAAAACGUCGGAACGUUAAAGAAGAUGAUGUGAGUACAGACAAGUCAGAUGGUGUCCAGUUACACCUGCCACCAGAAGUCAUGCUCAAGAUAUUCCAGCAUGGCAUUGAUGCGGUUGGGUACAUCAACUUUAUUCCCAGGGUGGCUCGGGUCAGCAAAGCAUGGAACAGAAUUGCGUCUGACCCUUCCAUGCGGAAGCGAUUGGAUUUUAGCACUGAACAGAUCGUACUCGUACGGAAAUACCAGAAAUGUCUUGCAAAUUUGUUACAGCAAGAUGUCAGCCAGUGCCAGUAUCUCAGCCUGCAUAAACAAGUGCACUUAGGUCCUUCUCUUGUAGAGCGUGCUCUCAGCCUGAUGCCCCAGUUACGAACGCUGGAUCUCACUGGCUGUGUUGUGAAAGCAGACUUUGUCAAAGAGUUACCGCAGCUGUGUCCCCAUAUACAGAGAUUAAAUUUGUCAAGUCACUAUCGAUAUGUUCAAAAGAAAAUCACACUGACCUCCCUGGAGUCUUUGAUUGAAGGUCUGGGUUCCAAGUUGCUGGAGCUGAAGUUGACCAAUGUCACAGCAGUCCAGCAGUGCCCAAGUAAAGUCCUGAAGUUUGUUCAGGAAAACUGCCCCAAUAUGGAGGUGCUGGACCUAGGAGUGGCAGGGCUAGAACCACACAGUCAUCAGAUUUUUAUCACUGACAUGGAUGGCUUAGCCUGUGGUUGUCCCAGGUUGAGAGAGCUGUUUCUAGACGGCUUCAAUAUCCUUGACAACUCCUCGAGAGAAAAGCCCUGUGUACAUAACUUCAAAAGCCUUCAGAGAGAAAAGCCCUGUGUACAUAACUUCAAAAGCCUUCAGGUCUACUCCCAGUCAAGACACAACCAUUAUGGGAUGGAUUUUCCAGCAUUUUGCGGAUUAUUUUCUUCUGUGGGCAAGCUGAAAACACUGAACUUCAGUCGUUCAAAACAUCGUCCAAGUCUAAUUGCUCAACACAUCAAGGAAGUUGAGGAGCUGUACUUGCAGGAUAUGAUGUGGUCUGAUAAUGAAGAAGAAGAGGAAGUUAUCUGUUGUAUAGCUGCCUGGUCCAGAUCUCUGAAAGUUUUAGAUCUGUCCUACAAUAAGCUGAAUGACAGUCUCCUUGAUGAGGCUUUAUACCAGUUUGAGAAAUCAGGUCGGCUGGAGGAAGAAUACCCACUAGAGAUUCUCAACCUGUCUAAUUCAACUGUUACAGUUCGUGGUGUGAUUCAUGUCGUCAGGACCUGCAGAAAUCUAAAAGAAAUCAACUUGAGCUCGUGUCGAGAGCUGCCUCGGGGAAGCAAACGGGAGUUUGGUAGAUCAGAGUUUAAUUCUCUUGUGAAGUCUCUGCGUCAGUCGCUGAGAACAAAUGCUGGUGGUGGGCAGCAGGAUGAUUGA